UUGCCAAUCAUAUAUCAUUCAUUACAAAGUGAAAAAUCCACUGCAAAAUAUGUCUCUAAUAACAGAGGAGAUGAGAGCAAGUGCAACUGAAUUCUACACUGGAAAUGAUAUUUGUCAAGAAAAAUCAAAGUUCUUGUUAACAGAAAUGAACCUACCAAAUGGGCUUCUCCCUAUGCAAGACAUGUUAGAAUGUGGCUACGUUAAAGACACUGGCUUUGUUUGGCUCAAAUCCAAGAAAAAAACAGAGCACAAAUUUGAAAAAAUUGGAAGAUCAGUCCAAUAUGCAACUGAAGUGACAGCUUAUGUUGAGCCCAAUAAGAUCAAGAAACUUACUGGGGUUAAAGCUAAAGAGCUACUUAUGUGGUUAACACUCAAUGAAAUUUGUGUUGAUGAGCCAUCCACUGGGAAAAUCCAUUUCAAGUCUCCAACUGGUCUUGCUAGGACUUUCCCUGUUUCAGCCUUUGAACUUGAUGUCCCUAAAAAGGAAGUCAAAGAAGAAGCCAAUGAAGUGAGUGUUGCUGCAGUUGAAGUGAAAGAGGUUUAAGAAAUAAUAUAGUAUUGAUUUGCUUAUUAUAUAUAUUGAGAGAAAAAAGAAGUUUUAUUUUGAGUAAAUAGUUUGUUGUAUUACUACUACAACUAACUACAACUUAAGUUUAGUGUGAUGAUUAUCAAUUCAUCUUGAUGUACUCAUGAUGAUGAUCAAGUGGCUAAAUUAUGUCACAUUAUUAUUAUUAUAAAUAAUUUUAUUUUAAGUUAAAGAGUUUA